GUCAUCGAGGCUGUUCGGUUUUGUUUAUCGACACAGCAAAUUAUUAAAACUUUUCUAAUCAUGAUUAUUUAAAGAUAUUGUAAUUCCAUUUUUUAUUACAAAAUGUAUUUGUAUUAAUUUUAUAACUAUUGUACGUUUGUGACUACAUUAAUUUAUUGCAAUCAAUUGGACUAUAUUGACAGCUGUCAUAUAUUAACUUAAUAACAAAAUGAGUGGUGGUACACAUGGUUCAUAUCCUUCCAUGAACGGAUCCAAUCAUAAAAGAGCGCCAAAUUCAAUAAUACGAUUGAAUCAAACAUCUCCACCGUCAAGUAUUAAUACACAACAUGAUGAUUUAAUAAAGUAUAUAUUUGAAUCUUGGGACAAAGUAUCUAAAGAAUUUCAUCAUGGUGCACGAAGUGGAUCCAAUUCGCAUGUAACUGUUGCAUACUAUCAAGAACGUGAACCAAAUCCAAUGUUAAAAGAUUUUCAACCAUUCGACUUAGAAGCUUGGUGGGGUAAAAAAAUAGUACAAAAUAUAUCAGCUACACAUGCGCACAAUAACGGGUCAUAACGACGAUUUCUUCGGAAUGAUGAAUUUUAUUUCUAAGUAGAUUGAACAGAGAUAAUAGUUAUUUUUAUUUUUUAAUAUUAAAAGCGGCAUUACGAAAAUUUGUAUUUUUUGUAACUUUGUUGUUUCGUUAAUAACUAACUAUUAUCUCUUUUUAUCCCAUUUUUUCACCUACUUUUAAGAAAAUUGAGGAAAGUCUACGGUUCCUAUCACGUCACUAUUUAAUUAUAAUUUUUGAGCUAAAUUCGAUAAGAUGAGACCAUAACUUGGAUUAAACGAUGUCAAUAUCUCAUAUGGUUUGUUGAUAUAGAUUUGAAAAUAAAAUUUCCUUGCUUCGAUUAGACCUGUUAAAUCAUGAUCAAAUCGUGACGCCAUAGGUAUCGUAAAAUCCUCAAAAUUGAUAAUUGAUUUUUUGAGUAUUUGAACGAAUGUUUUUUCAUGGCUACAUCGGUGCUUGUUGCGUUAUAAUCUUUAAAUAAACGCUGUAUCUUAUGAUCAUCUUGCAGAAUAUAUUCUCCAUGAUGUAGAACGUUUUUAGUUCAGAUACCGGAUGUUUUAAUUUCAUAUAAAAGUUUUAAUAUAAUGUCUGUGUACACAUGUUCUUGAUAUAAAUUAGUUACACGUUAAAAUUUUUACUUUGUGGUAUAAAUAAAUCAGAUUAAACUGUUAGUUAUCAAAGCUGUGGAAAUCGAAAAUUUAUAAAUUAAUAGUUGAACCUGAGAAGCGUCUCUUACGAAGAGCUGCUUUCUAUGCACCAGGAGUAAAUAUCAACUCUUGAUUUUCGCUGCCUAGUAACUAUCGUUGGCUAAUUAUUGAACACAGGAAAAUAAUGUUAAAUUAAUCAUACUUUAGUAUUUUAUACAUGUCAUUCAUUAUUGAAUAAUUUCAUAUUAAAAAAUGAGACUAUUGACAAUUCGAAAUGCAUUUUCUAGACCCUUUCUAAUGAAGCCUUCAACAGUUUCACCGAAUUAUAUUUUACGAACUAAACUAAUAUAAAAAGGUAACCAAGGAAUUGUAAUUUUUUACGGAAACAAAAUAAAUUAAAUAUUAGCGACUUGUUGGUGUUUGCCGCGUUUAUAGUUUUACAUUCGAUUACAAAUGUAGCUCUAGAAUAAUAUGGCUAAGAUCGAUAUUGCUAAUAAUUAUUAGUGUUUGUGUGAUUUUUUUUCCUUGAAUCCAUAUUAACAGGUAAUAUUGAGGAAUAUGUGUAUGUUGGCCUCAAUACAAAUAAAAAUUUUAACGAAUAAUUAAUUUUUGAAAUUAAUACGAACUUCACGGAUAAAUAGACGCCUUAAAUUUUAAUUUGUUUUAGAUUUUAAAUUUCCAAGAAGCAAUAAACGAUAUCUUUUUAUCGAUAUUUCAUUCAUUUUUAAAUGUAAUUUGUAUGACUAUUUGAAACUCUGCCAUAUUGCAAUACUCGAAAAAAUAUUUUUUUCUUGAAGCUAUUCAAACAGCUUAGAUCUUUUAUUUAUUAAAUAUAAAAUGCAUUAUAGUACGCAUCCUUAGCCGAAAAAAUGACAAUGAUAGCGUCGUAUCAAAUUUUUAUUCGAUCCUCAAAAUUCAUCCCAUUUAACUAUAUAAAUCUUUGUUUCCUAAACAAUUCCAUUGCAUUAUAAAGUAAAAAAUCUUUAUGAAAAGCUUCGUGUUUAAAAUACAUGAAUAUUUUAAUGAUAAAAAAAUUUUCGUAAUUCGAUAACGAAUCGUUCCUCCAACAGUGUUUUGCUUGCAGCUAAUAUCCGAUUUUUCUUCCCAAAAUACGGAUGGAUUUUGAAGAUACAAUUUCGCAACGUGUUCUCACACACAGCCUUAACUUGCAUGAUAGAACUUGCAAAAUUAAAUAAUUUCUUCUGAAUAAUAAAAGUUAUUUGUUUAAGGAUCCGUAACUAAAAUAAUAAUGUUAUUUUAAAUUGAAAUAUAGUUACUGUAUAAAACGCUCUUGUAGUAAAAUUAAUUCACAUGGUAAAAAUUCAUGCUCAACUCUGGAUACGAAACUUUUUCAAUGGGUUUUUGUAAAAUUAUAUCCUAUUUCUAUGUUUUUCAUAUUUUUAUAAUCAAACUGGAACCGUUUACAAAAAUCCAUUGAACUGAAUUGAAUUUUCAGAAUUAAAAAAAAUUCAAUUCUGGUUUUGAUUCAUAUUAAAAACUAUUUAGAAACGCGAUGAGGUUCGAAAGUUUAUCUAUUUCAUUCCAUAUCACAAGAUUUAUUUAGAGAAUUUCAAAGGAAAUCUUGUUUUGAUUAUUUUAAAUGCACGUUUUAUAGAGAUUUGUAUAAACUUUUAUUGUGAAAAGUAGGGAUUUCAUGAAGUUAGUGGAGAGAAUUUUUUAUUUGGUUGUCAAAUCAUAAUUUUUUUUUUUUGGAUGAAAUU